AUGAAUAUGAAUUUGUUAAAUAUUUCUUAUUUUUUAUUUUUUUCUAUAGUUUUAACAGUAAAUGGAUUCUUUGCAAAUUGUCCAAGAGUUGCUAGAAUGAUUAAACCUUGUAAUAUUUAUAUUAACGCAGUUAGAGAUCAUUUUUUUGAAAAAUGCCACUAUCUUUUGUUACCAAGUGAUUAUGCAAAUAUAAUGCAAAUGCGUAAAGCACUACAAAGUAAUGCUAACGCUCUCCAUAGAAUAAAUCAUUAUAUAUCCCGUCGCUUUGAUCAAAGAACUAUUAGCUAUUUUUGUCAAUCUUAUAAAGUAAGAUACAAAAAACCUACAUAUCUUCAUUUAUAUCUAAGUAAUACAGGAACAAUUCGUCGAAAUAGUAUGAAUCAAAAUUCAUUUGGAUCAAGAUUUCGUAGAUUUUUUGGAUAA